AACACAUCAACACAACAAUUACCAUUUGGCUAUGUCUGUAGAUUCCAACCGCGUUACUUUACUCCAAUCAUUAACUUUAUUCUUCUCUCACUUCUUUCUCUUCAUAAUUCAACUCUCUUCUUUUUACAAUAUGAAUUCACCUUCAUUCGAAUAUAUUCUUCAUCACUUCCACUUCUCUUCUUCUUAUAACCACUUUCUAUUAAUAACAUAAUUAAUUUGAAUUAUACUAAUUCGUUUCCAUAAGUGAUCAUUUAUCACAACAACAAAUUAAGCUCUUUGACUUUUGAAAAGCUUUAAAGAAUUUAGAAAUAUGGAACGUGGUGUUGUUGAUGGUAUUAUCAAUAGGUUACUUGAAGUAAGAGGAAGACCAGGGAAACAGGUUCAGCUUUCUGAGACAGAGAUCAAACAGCUUUGUCUUGUUUCCAAAGAUAUCUUCUUGAACCAGCCUAAUCUUUUGAAAUUAGAGGCACCUAUUAAGAUCUGUGGAGAUGUCCACGGUCAAUAUUCGGACCUUCUUAGGCUUUUCGAGUACGGUGGAUUUCCCCCUCGUUCCAAUUAUUUAUUUCUCGGAGACUAUGUUGAUCGUGGAAAGCAAAGUCUGGAAACAAUAUGUCUUCUUCUGGCAUAUAAAAUAAAAUAUCCAAAAAACAUUUUCCUCCUAAGGGGUAACCACGAAUGCGCUUCCAUAAACCGUAUCUACGGAUUUUAUGACGAAUGUAAAAGGAGAUACAAUGUGAAGCUAUGGAAAAUGUUUACAGAUUGUUUCAACUGUAUUCCUGUGGCAGCUCUCAUUGAUGAAAAGAUUAUCUGUAUGCAUGGUGGACUCUCUCCUGAAUUACACAAUUUAAAUCAGAUAAAGAAUUUGCAACGUCCGUGUGAAGUUCCCGACACUGGUCUUUUAUGUGAUCUCUUAUGGUCUGAUCCGAGUAGCGAUGUUCAAGGUUGGGGAGAAAAUGAACGCGGAGUUUCAUAUACAUUUGGUGCUGAUAGGGUUAGAGAUUUUCUUCAAAAGCAUGAUCUUGAUUUGAUUUGCAGGGCUCAUCAGGUUGUGGAAGAUGGAUAUGAAUUCUUUGCUAAUAGACAACUUGUAACAAUCUUUUCAGCACCUAAUUACUGUGGAGAGUUUGAUAAUGCAGGUGCUAUGAUGAGUGUUAAUGAAACACUUAUGUGUUCUUUUCAAAUAUUGAAGCCUCUUGAUAAAAAACCUAAAUUUAGCUUUGGAAGCACAACUACAGUUAAGUCUAGUACUCCAACAAAAUUCAAGCAAGCACUUUUUGGUGCUAAAGCAUGAACUCAUGGACAUUAUUUCGAUCGUUAUAGUAUUUGGUAUGUGACCAAAGCUGGUUUGGAAGAAGUGUUAUCGGGGUACACAAUAAUUAUGAAGGAAGAAUACAAUGCAACUAUCAAUAUAACACAAAGUCUCUAAAUUACCCUUCAUUCAAGGACAAGUAUAUGUUUCUUUCUUUUUAUGGCAUAAUUGCCUCUUGUACAAUAUUGUUAAAACACAAAUGGAGGAUUGAAGUGUAACUUUUCUUCUCUUCUCGGAUCAUGCUUUAUGCCGAUAUAACUUUGUGUUUAGUUUUGUUCUUGAAAUGUUAUGGGUCCUUGGGUAAA